AUGGACUCGGGCUUGGCCUCCCACUGGCAAGUGCUCGUGCUGGGAUCCUGGGAAGUGUUCCAGGGGAUGGGGCUGCUGGUAACAUAUGUAACUCAUGCAUGUAUGGACAUCAAACUAGGGGACAUAAGAAUGAUAUUUGAUCCAUGGCUAACUGGUCCUGCUUUUGCACGUGGCUGGUGGUUACUUCAUGAACCGCCUAGUGACUGGUUAGAAAGGCUUUGUCGUGCAGACCUAAUCUAUAUCAGUCACAUGCAUUCUGACCACCUCAGUUACCCUACAUUGAAGAAACUUGCUGAGCGAAGGCCAGAUGUACCCAUUUAUGUUGGAAAGACAGAAAGGCCUGUAUUCUGGUACCUUGACCAGAGUGGUGUGAAGCUGACCAAUAUUCAUGUUGUUCCAUUUGGAGUCUGGCAACAAGUGAACAAGAAUCUUAGGUUUAUGAUAUUGAUGGAUGGUGUUCAUCCUGAAAUGGACACUUGUAUCAUUGUUGAAUACAAAGGGCAUAAAAUCCUAAACACAGUGGACUGCACCAGGCCCAAUGGUGGAAAGCUCCCAGAGAACGUCGACCUCAUGAUGAGUGACUUCGCAGGUGGAGCAUCAGGAUUCCCAAUGACUUUCAGUGGAGGAAAAUUUACGGAGGCAUGGAAAGCCCAGUUUAUUAAAACUGAAAGGAAGAAGUUGCUGAAUUACAAGGCCCAGCUGGUUAACGAUUUGAAGCCAAAAAUCUAUUGUCCUUUUGCUGGAUAUUUUGUUGAAGCUCAUCCGUCUGACAGGUACCAUCUUCACGUUUGCUUGCUGCACACUGGAUUUAUCACAGCAGUUUUUUAUAUCAAAGAAACAAACCUGAAAAAUGAUCCAGAUGAGCUGAAUAGUUUAAUUAAAAAAAAAUCUAGUGGAGUUUCAACAUGGACACCGAAACCUGGCGCCACCCUGGAUUUAGCAAGGAUGCUCAAAGACCCAACAGACAGCAUGGGAAUUGUAGAUCCUCCAGCAGGGACAAAAAUUUUCAAAGAAUCAUGGAACUUUAAACCAUAUAUAGAAGCUCUUGCUGCAGCAGUUGAUGACGAGAUAUUUCUCUAUCCUUCCUGGGUGAAAGAGUACUAUUGCUGGGCUGGAUUUAAAAACUAUGACCUCGUGAUAAGGGUGAUUGAAACUGAUGAUGAUUUCAAUCCUUUGCCUGGAGGGUACAAUUAUUUGGUGGAUUUUUUGAACUUAACAUUCCCAGCAGAAAGACCAUCCCGUGACCAUCAAUAUGAAGAAAUAAGGGCCCGAGUGAAUGUAAUGAGGCAUGUGGUAAAGCAUGGACUACUCUGGGAUGAUCUGUAUAUAGGAUUCCAAACUCAUCUACAACGUGACCCUGACAUAUAUCACCACCAGUAA